CGCCGCUACACCCAAUCACAUGACGAUGAGUAAGAAGACGGCGUGGCCGCUCUAUCCUUUUCCCGAGCUCCCCGCUGAGGGUUUAGCCAUCGCGCGCGAGGAAGCCCCUGCGCUUCCUUAUGCUCCCGAGUUCGCAGGUCUAAUGAUCUUCGUUUGCUAAUCCCUUUCCCCUUUCUAUGAUUCCUUAAGCUAGUUCGUCGCUCUGCUGUUCCUGCAAAUCCCGAAAGAGAUGAUGUUGGCGAACAGGCCAAUUGGCCUCCUCGGUUCAGGGGAUUGCCGGAGUUUUUCUAGGAAUGCUUGGUCGAAUGUUUCUUCGUUUCAGGGGAUUUCGAUUCUGCCGAGACGCUUCUUAGGCAGAGCUUCGGUUCUUCGGAUGGCGAGAAGAAGACGGGAUCUCGACGGAGGAAGUUCCAAAGGCCGAAUUUUUUGUGCUUUCGAAAUCGAGGAUAUGGGGAGCGUGUCUGCCUCCAGUAGAUUUCUUGAGAAGGAAUUCACGUUUACGCCCGCUUUUGAUGAUUAUGUGAAGGUUUUGGAAUCGGUGAGGACAGAUAGGAGUAGGCAUACGGGCGAUGGCGAGGAGGAAGGCUCGAAGAAGCGACCUGUGAAUAAGGGGAAAUCGUUCAGAAUGAAGCAGCAACAUCGAUCAGUUAGAAAUGAUGAUUCAAAGCAGAGGCCAAAUGCAGUGGAAAAUAGCUCUCGGAGUGAAAGACUUGCCGUUCGUGGAAGGAAUAAAGACUUGGAAGAUGCUACAAGAUCAAUAACCAAUAGGAGUGAAAGAUUUUCAGUUCGUGUAAGGACCAAGGACUUGGAAGAUGCUACAGGAUCAAAAAGGAAUAAAAGUGCUGACCGAUGGGGUUUGGAUGAAGGGCUGUUACAGAAAGGAGCUCCAAGGAGAAAAGGCAAUACUAGUAAUCUACACAACAAUGGUAAUGGUAAUUCUAGAACUUUGAGGAAAUUUCACUCGCAAGACAAAUUAUAUGGUACAGGAGGAGAUGCAGAAGGCUACUAUUUUGUUAAAGGAAAAGUGAGUCAUUUUGAGAGACAGAUGGAUAUAUCUCAAAAGAAUAGGAAAGUAGUAGGAGUUGAUAAACUUGAAACUUCCAAGGGAAAUAGUGCCAAACAUAGUAGCUACUCCCAUUCAUCAGGGGGUGAAUCUCGUCCUAGACGCUCAAAGCCUGUAAGUGGGGAACUAACUGAAUCAAACAGCCCAUGGUCAAGUAAUGAUGAUUUAAAUGGAGGCAUUGAUGAUCACAGGAUUAGUUAUAUCAAUGGCCAUCAUCCCAACGAUAGUAAGGUGGCAAAGACUGUGCACGGGUAUGUAAUUAAUAAUUCUGUAAAGAUGUUACAUUCUACUGAAGAAAGUAUACAGAGAAAGUCGGAGGAAUUCUUAAUGAUAAAAAAGGAACAAAAUGCUAAGAAAUUUUAUGCAAGUGAUACAAGCAAUGUCAGCCCUGGUUCCAAUAUGACUACUAAUCACAAGCUCCAUUUGACAAGGGAUCGUGGAUGGACAAAUACCAGAUUGAGAAGAAGCGAAGAAGAGUUCAGACUUGAGGAUGAAAAUGAUGGGCAGAAUAUGCAUGUCAAUAGUUGGUUAGGGAAACGAAAUAAUGACAAAGAGAUGCUCAGUGAUGCUAAUUUGGACACCAGCAAUUUUUCUAGAGAUGCUGAUUGCUUCGAUUCUGAGGACAGAGCUGCAUUUAAGACUUUUGAGGUGUUCACUGAUGUCAGAAACAGACCAAGGGUAUUGCGGAUGGAAUUGGAAGAGAGGAUACAGAACCUAGCAAAGCAGUUAAAUGCAGCUGAUAUAAAUAUACCUCAAUGGAAGUUUUCUAAGAUGAUUCACAAUGGCAGGAUUAAAUUCACAGAUCAUUCAAUCUUGAGGAUUGUUCAGAUAUUGGGCACACAUGGGAAUUGGAGAAGGGUACUACAAGUUGUUGAAUGGUUUCAGUCCCGAGAGAGAUUUAAGUCACUUAAGAGCAGAUAUGUUUACACAUCUGUCCUCGAUGUGCUUGGGAAGGCAAAGAGACCUAUUGAAGCACUCAACAUAUUCCAAGCUAUGCGUCAAGGGUUAUCUUCGUACCCUGAUCUUGCAGCUUACCAUUGUAUUGCUGUUACACUGGGCCAAGCAGGACUCAUGAAGGAACUAUUUGAUGUCAUGGAUUGCAUGCAAGCUGUACCAGAAAAGAAAUUCAACUUGGGCCCUCUUCAGAAGUGGGAUCCACGCCUUGAACCAGACCUUGUUGUCUACAAUGCAGUUUUGAAUGCUUGUGUUACGCAGAAACAAUGGGAAGGAGCAUUUUGGGUUCUACAACAGCUGAAACAGCGGGGUAUAAAGCCUUCAAACACAACCUAUGGGCUCAUCAUGGAGGUGAUGUUGGCAUGUGGCAAGUACAGCCUAGUGCAUGAUUUUUUUAGGAAAGUUGAGAAAACAUCAGUACCUGGAGCUCUGAAUUACAAAGUUCUUGUAAAUGCUCUAUGGAGAGAAGGUAAAAUUGAUGAAGCUGUAGCAGCAGUGCAAGACAUGGAAAAGCGUGGAAUUAUAGGCACAGCCAGUCUUUAUUAUGAUCUAGCACGCUGUCUCUGCAGCUCAGGGAGGUGCCAAGAAGCUUUACUCCAGAUAAAGAAAAUAUGCAAGGUUGCAAAGAAACCUUUGGUUGUAACAUAUACUGGAUUGAUUCAAACCUGUAUAGACUCUGGAAGCAUUGAGAAUGGAGCAUUUGUCUUUAACCAAAUGCAUAAAUUUUGUUUGCCAAAUAUUGUAACUUGUAACAUAAUGUUGAAGUCAUACUUAGGUCAUGGGAUGUUUGAAGAAGCAAAAGAUCUGUUUCAGAAAAUAUUGGCUGGUGGUUAUCAGAAUGUUGACAGCAAUGGCUUGAGUCAAAGGGUUGUUCCUGAUAACUUUACAUUCAAUACCAUGAUUGAGUCUUAUGCUCAAAGACAGAAGUGGGAUGAUUUUGAGAAUGUUUAUAGACAAAUGCUAAACCAAGGGUUUCACUUCAACACAAAAAGACAUAUGCGCAUGAUGCUUGAUGCAUUCAGGGCUGGGAAGAUCCUGGUGCUUGAGUCAACAUGGAAGCAUUUGGUUCGCUUUGAAAGGGUGCCGCCAAUACCUAUUAUCAAGGAAAGAUUUUGCAUGAAACUAGUGGAAGAAGACCACCCGGCUGCCUUUUCUUGCUUGGACAUUCUUCAGGAGAUCGACAUCCAUGCCUUUUCUGAGAGGUCAUGGUUGAAUUUACUCAACAGCAAUGCACAUCGCUUUAAGAGCGACACUAUUUUAAGGCUGGUUGAUGAAUUGGAUGCCCUCACAGCUCAAAACAGGGAGCUGUCCCAAGUAAAAGAGAAUCUGAGAAAAGCUUGCAAACAGUUUGUUUCCCAAGUAAAUGAUGUUCCAAGAUCACCAAAUCAUCUGGAAGUGGCAUGCAAUUCAUAACUGGAGCAAUCUUUCCUUCUGAUGCAGUUCCAAGCUUGAGAUAUAUUCCUGAAAGCUCAUAAGCAAUGAGGAGAAUUAUAGUUUUCAACCAGUAGAGAAGCAGAGGGCAUUGAUGAAAUGCAAGCAUUUGCUCAGCAAAUGCAAGUGGCACAAAUGGCAUCAAGAUAUGAUUAAAGCAACCCUACUUUAGCAUGUUCUUUCAGCUCAAUAAUUACUUCAUGAUGCUUCAGAAGUUUACAGUAGCUAAAUUCUAUGGACUCACAGAGAUCUUUUGCAGAAGUGCAGGACACGAAUUCUACUAGCUGACAACACUAAAUAUGAAUGGUGCAGCCUGGAUUUUUUUUUUUUUUUUUUUUGGCAUCAUCUCUGUACGGGAACCUUAAAUUCGUUGAGAUUCUUGUGCUCUUUAAUCAUUCCGCUACCUCUAAUGCCACGCCUUCAUGAGCAAGUCUAAGAAAACCAUCAACAAGCCAACAACCCAUGGUGGUCCAAGAAUUCAUAUGGUCCAACUUUGUAGGCGAGCCAAGAUCAUGAUGAGCUUUACAAUAUUUUUAUUCGUCCAAGAACUUGAUCCAAAUUUA